UCGCGCAAGAGCUGAGAGAGACAUUUAACAGCUAAUCUUCCUCCGGGUUACUCUCCCAUAGUGUGCCACGCGAUGCCGCGCCGGGAGGAAGCAGAGGGUGGGUGGAUCUUGGGCAUUCACCUCCUGCUCCUCUGCUGAGCUGGUUUCUGUCAACCACUCACCUGGGACUUUUAUUUGGUGACUGCUCUUGGGGUUCCCAGCUCUGCGGCCGCGCAGCUGAGCCCACGUGCGCCGAGAGACCAGCACCGGUAAGGGGAGCAGAGAACGGUCCCCUGAGCCCUCAGCGGGUCCAGGGCACUCACAAGCGCUCGGAAGCGCAGAGAACGGAGCUCGCAGAGCCGGGCACGGGGCGCGCAGGGAGCGGGGGCGCUGAGCUGGGCACAGGGCGCGCAGGGAGCGGGGGCGCAGAGCCGAGCGGGGCGCGCAGAGCCGGCAUAGGGCGCGCAGGGAGCGGGGGCGCUGAGCUGGGCACAGGGCGCGCAGAGCCGGCACAGGGAGCGGGAGCGCUGAGCUGGGCACAGGGCGCGCUGAGCUGGGCACAGGACGCGCAGGGAGCGGGGGCGCUGAGCUGGGCACAGGGCGCGCAGGGAACGGGACGCGCAGCGCCGGGCACAGGGCGCGCAAAUCGAGGGUCGCUGGCUGCCGGCCAUAGCCCCGUGUAGCGAGCCCCGGAGGGCCCCCCCCCCCCGCCUCCAGAGUUAAACACAACCCCUCCGCUGCGAGCGCCUGCGGCCAUGGGCAUCGGGCACUUCACCGUGUGGGACUAUGUGGUGUUCGGGGCCAUGCUGCUGGUCUCCGCGGUCAUCGGCGUGUACUACGCCUUCGCGGGCGGCGGCCAGCAGACCUCCAAGGACUUCCUGAUGGGCGGCCGCAGCAUGAGCGCCCUGCCCGUGGCGCUGUCCCUCACCGCCAGCUUCAUGUCGGCGGUCACCGUGCUGGGCACCCCGGCGGAGAUCUACCGCUUCGGGGCCAUAUUCUGCAUCUUCGCCAUCACCUACUUCCUGGUGGUGGUCACCAGCGCCGAGGUCUUCCUGCCCGUCUUCUACAGGCUGGGGAUCACCAGCACCUACGAGUAUUUGGAGCUUCGAUUUAAUAAAUAUCUGCGUCUCUGUGGGACAAUCCUCUUCAUUAUACAAACGAUUUUAUACACUGGAAUUGUUAUUUAUGCUCCAGCUCUGGCACUGAACCAAGUCACAGGAUUUGACUUGUGGGGUGCAGUGGUCACAACUGGAGUAGUCUGUACCUUCUAUUGCACACUGGGUGGUCUAAAGGCAGUAGUCUGGACAGAUGUUUUCCAGGUUGGAAUCAUGGUAGCUGGAUUUUCAUCUGUGAUUAUACGUGCUGUGGUGGUUCAAGAGGGAAUCGGACGCAUUCUAAAUGAUUCUUACCAUGGGGGAAGAUUAAACUUCUGGGACUUUAAUCCCAACCCCUUGCAAAGACAUACCUUCUGGACAAUUCUCAUAGGUGGGACCUUCACCUGGACUGGCAUAUACGGGGUCAACCAAUCUCAAGUUCAGAGAUACAUUGCCUGCAAAACCAGGUUCCAAGCAAAAUUAUCUCUCUAUAUCAACCUUUUGGGACUCUGGGCGAUACUUGUCUGUGCAGUGUUUUGUGGACUAGCAAUGUACUCCAUAUACCACGAUUGUGACCCAUGGACAGCAAAGCGCGUGUCAGCACCAGACCAGCUCAUGCCAUAUCUGGUAUUGGAUAUUCUACAAGAUUUUCCAGGGGUACCAGGGCUUUUCGUGGCUAGCGCCUACAGUGGGACAUUAAGCACAGUGUCCUCCAGCAUCAAUGCUUUAGCAGCUGUAACUGUUGAGGAUCUCAUUAAACCUUACUUCAGCUCCCUCUCUGAAAAGAAACUAGGUUGGAUUUCCAAGGGCAUGAGUCUUUUUUAUGGAGGCGUGUGCAUUGCCAUGGCCGCUCUGGCAUCCCUUUUGGGCGGUUUGUUACAGGCAGCUCUCAGUAUUUUUGGUAUGGUUGGUGGCCCUCUUCUAGGACUGUUUUCUUUGGGAAUCCUCUCCCCCUUUGCAAACCCCAUCGGUGCAUUUGUAGGUCUUAUUGGGGGCUUUACUGUUUCACUCUGGGUUGGCAUUGGGGCUCAGAUUUACCCUCCACUCCCUGAGAGAACUAUGCCAUUAAACCUCACAACUAUCGGCUGUGAUAUAGGCAGCCCAGGAACAGGAAGCAACUGGACUGCAACAACCGAAAUGCCAACUUUAACAACCCUUGUACGUCUGCAAGGCACUGAAAGACCUGUCCUGGCUGAUUAUUGGUAUUCCUUGUCGUAUCUGUACUUCAGCACACUUGGGACCCUGGUCACAGUACUUUUGGGAAUGAUUGUCAGCCUCUUAACAGGAGGAAUAAAGCAGAACAUAGAUCGUAAAUUCUUGCUGACCAAAGAGGACAUACUGUCCAACUUCUCAUUUUUUAAACCCAAGACAAAUGAGAAAGUGGAAGUUUUGAACUGGAAACCUUUCACCAUGGCGGAGGAAGGAACCGACAAUCCAGUUUUCAACCACAUUGAAAUGAAUGUCACAGAAAAUAAAGAAAAAGUCAAUGGUCCCCAUGUAUGACUUAAGAGGACAGUGUAGAUGUUGUGUUAAAGACAUUGCUGGCAUUUCUGUGAAGAGUUAGUUAACCACCCUACUUGGGGUUACGUGCAGUAAUCCCUACUAAACUUCAGGCCAUCACCACAUUGGAAUGACCUUGCCAUUAAGACUGAUUCCAAGAAAGGAAUCAGAGCAUAUUGGGCCAACGAAAAGGUGGGUAGUGGGUACUUCAUAACAUACAACUCUACUUAUUUUGGGAGACCUUCCAAAAGGCAUGCAUCUGUGCCUGUGACAGAAGUGAACAGGAACUAAGAGCAAGUGAACUUUAAGCAUACUCAAAUGUGGACAAUGUUUUGUGUUACCUCCAAUAAUGAACCCAUUGUGCACAGCAAGAAACAAACAAUAUUGGCUUGGUAUUUAUUUGGCGUGUGCAUAGUCGUUUAGCCAAGCGAUGGUUUGGUAAACAACUGCUUUUCUCAAUCCGCUGAAUGACACAUUCAGUUCUAAGGUAUCAGGCUGGAUCCGUCUCUCCCCAGAAUAAUUCCAGUGGCUGCUGUGGAGCUGCUCCUAAUUUACACUGCUGAAAGUGAAAACAGAAUCAGGCCUCUGCCUCUUAUAGGGGACCUCUAUAGGGAGGACUAAAGCCGAUGUUUCUAUGUGAAAUUGUAAUUCAGUAUUGGUUUGGUCUCCUAUAAAAAUAGUUACGUUCAAACUCAGUAAAUUUUUCAGCUUUAUUUUAUUUUAUUUUUAAAAAAGAGCAUCUAGCUUUCACAGACAUGGCUAUUUUUCUUUCCUGAUCAAUUCCAUACUGUUUCUAUUGCAAGGUCAAUAUUUUACACUCUUGCAGUGUCACAAGGUGGUUGUGUUUUUAUAGUGAAGGCGGUAUUAUCUAGUAUAAUGUUUCUCUGAAGAAGUGCUGACCCCUGAGCACCUUCUAUUUAAGUUUUUAUAAAGUCCUCCCUCAUGGUGGUAUCUGAAUAUGUUCUGAGCAAGGAAUUCAACAGUGAAUCGAUUGGUACCAUGCUUACCCUCCAUUUCCUUCUCAGUGCAUAGUCUGACCAGCCAGGGUGUGCACUCGUCAGGGGCAGCUCUAGCAAUUUUGCCACCCCAAGCAGUCGCCGCCACAACAGCGCCGGAGCUGCCGCCCAAAAGCCACAGCAGCGGGAAAAGCGGCAGAGCUGCCGCCGAAUUGCCGCCGCGGGACACGGACGGCCGCCCCGUUCUAAUUGCUGCCCCAAGCACCUGCUUGGUAAGCUGGCACCUGGAGCCGGCCCUGGCCCUAGUAGAGUUCCUUUGGGAGCUGGGUGGGAGGAAGGCUCUGCACCUACUAUUGCUGCCUCCACACUCCUCAUCCAGCCGCUUCUGGUAGGAACAACCUGCCAUGGCUGAUCGGUUGAGCUAAGCGACAUUUUUUCAUUAAAACCUAUUUUCAAUGGCAAUGUAACCAAAAUGAAAGUUUUGUGGAUAAAACCAUUUUUGUCUCGGUGUUAAUGGAACAAGCGAAUUCUGUACUAGAGCUGGGCAAUAUUUUCUGACCAAAACUCUUUUUCUGGUGAAAAAAAACAUAAAUUUGGUGACAUGGGAAUGUUUUGCCAAUUCAUGUUGAUUUAUUGCCAUAUUCUUUUGGUUGGAAAAAAAAAUCCAAAAAAACCAACAUGGUUUAUUUCAACGUUUUGAAAUGAAGUUUUUCGAUUUUUCAGUUCCAAUGACUUUUAGCUUCAAAGUUUCCUUUACAUUUAUUGAAAAAUCUAGUCAAAGAUGAAACAUUUAGAUUUUGUUGAAACUAAAUUUUUUGUUUGACCAGAAACAAAAUUUUUGUGACUUUUCGAUUUGCCAAAAUUUUCAUUUGUCCCAUAACUAAUUUUUCCCAAUUUUUCAGAAUUUUCAACGAAUGACAAAAAAUGCCCAUUUGUUCUUUGCCCCGCUCUGCUUUCUACCCCUUUAUCCUCAGAAGGGGUUAGAUUAUAUACUAGGAGGUUUCAAAGAUAGUUGAUAAUUGCUCUAAGUUGUCGAACCUCUGGGUAAAAUGAUUGGUCUGACUCUGUUUCCCAGUGUUUUUAGCUAUUUAGCUGUUUACACCUCCAACAUUUGUACUAUAGAUUAUUUUAAAAAUACUCUUCAGUGUCUAGAAUAAUUUUGGGAAAUAAGUGUUUGCAGCAAGUCCUCUCUGUACAGCCUACAAACGUGUCUGUGGAAGUAAAAUGCUUACUGGAAGUUACCUAAAAUGCUUACUGAAAUAGCCCAGAGAAGGCUGAAACAAAAAUGGUGCACAAUCGGGCCAGAUCCUCAGCUGGUAUAUGUAUAGCAGAAAAGGCUUGAUAAUCUGAUGGUGCAAGAAGCUAGUUCUUCUGCUUCUGGUGUGU